GUCAAUAAUGAAUGAAAAUAAAUUAUUAUUAUCAAGAAAUAAAUUAAUUCUUGGUGUUACUGGCAGUGUAGCUGCAAUUAAAAUACCAUAUUUAGUGGAAAAACUUCAAGAAAUCGGUUUUCAAAUUCGUCUAGUUUGUACAGACAAUUCAUUGAAAUUUUUUUCAUUAGACACUAUCAAUGUACCAGUGUAUAGAGAUGUAGAUGAAUGGACCAGUUGGAAAGAACGUGGUGAUCCUGUCUUACAUAUUGAGCUUAGAAAUUGGGCAGAUAUCUUGUUAUUAGCACCAUUAACUGCAAAUACCUUGGGUAAAAUAGCUAAUGGCUUAGCUGAUAAUUUAUUAACAACACUUGCACGUGCAUGGUCUCCUUUUGACCGAAAUCAUAAACCAGUAUAUUUUGCACCUGCUAUGAAUACACAAAUGUGGCAACAUCCAUUUACAUGUGAACAAAUUGAACGAUUAAUUAAUAAACUUCAUUGGAAAUGUAUUCAUCCAAUUGAAAAAUUAUUAAUGUGUGGAGAGACUGGGAUUGGUGCAAUGGCUGAAGUGAAUGAUAUUGUCGAUUGUUUAAAACAAGAAUUAGGAUGAUAAUUUCGUUUGUUUUUUUUUAAAGAAAAGAGUAGAUCACGUAAUGAAUGUUGAACAAAAUAACUUUGUCAA